AUGGCGAUCGACAACUUUGUGUACAACGCUGAGCAUGGCGUUAUCAUCUGUCGGCAGUGUGAGUCCUGCCUGGUGGCAAAAGAAGGCAGCUGGGUCAGUCACCUACGCAACCGUCCACACAGCAUGAAAGGCGAACUCCUUGUUCGCACCCUCGAGCAUUUUCAUAGCUUUGGCAAUCUAAGCAGCGUCGACGACUUGCGUAGGCGUGCAGCGGACAGACGCCGACUACGUCAGCCAUGUCGGCCAAUCGACGGCCUUGCUCUCUACGAAGGAUUCAUUUGCAACUGUACAAAAACCUGCUUUUUCAGCACACGACGACUCGACAAGAUACGAAACCACAUGAGUGUCCACGGCAAGAAGGCCAAGCAGCACUCUGACGCCACCCCACUAUGGCGCGCUUGCAAGCUUCAGAACUACUUUACCGCCAAGCCACUGCUCGACUACUUUGAAGUCGAUGGGGCAGCACCAAUAAUGCUUCAGGAAGCAGCGCCAACAAUGAUUGAGGAAGCAGCACCAACAAUUCCUCAGGAAGCAGCACCAACAAUGAUUGAGGAAGCAGCACCAACAAUUCCUCAGGAAGCAGCACCGCUCGACUCCUCGUCCUCUUCAUCGUCUCUGCCCACAUCGUUACCUACGUCUUUGCUCACGUCUUCGCCUUCCACUUUGUCUUCAUUUUCAUCCUCGUAUUUGUCUUUGUCUUUUCCCACAGCCAGAGCCACCACUGUGGCUCAGCAUGCACGGUCGCAAUUCUUUCAAAGCAUCAAAGAACGCAUGCGCCACAGUUCUGAGCUGUCGUACGUGGUCCAAGAUCCACUACGCUGUGCUGCUCUCCGGGAUCGCGACCCCUGGCUGGUGACCACCGGUUUCGCACUCCAUCUGGACGGCUUGCUCGACGCCGAGAUCCGCUCUUCAUAUGCGCUCCCUGCCAGCCUCGAAGGAAAUGUUCGUCUUGACGGCUCUUCAGAGGAAGCAAGCGACCGCGAUCUCCGGCGCAUCCUCGUUGCAGCCGAGCACACGUUACGGGAUGCCUACCGCCUGUGCAACGACACUUCCCACCGUCGCAAACUGACGCAGCAGCGCGCAAUAACGCUCAACCAGCUUCGCUUGGUCGAUGCAAGGGACCUCGGCGCUACCAGAGGCGUUCCAUUUCGCGCCAGCAAACACAGCAAUACACUCAAUGUCUACUUUCAUCUGACCAAGCAGCUACUCACGUACUAUUACCGCGUCGUCUACCGCCCUGCCGGCCACUUUACCAGCAACACCGAGGGCCAUCCGCUUCCGCACGACGAGAUUCAGCCGACGUCGGAGCAAUCGCAGGCCAUGGAUACCAUCAUCGCGGUGUUGCGCCGCCAAGAUGCGCUCAACAAUGUCAUGAUCAUCGACGACGAUGACGACCCCGCUGCCACCGCCGAGCUCGACGGCCAACUCAGGAAAGCGAUUCGUGACCUCUUGGUAUCGCUCAUCUGCUGUUGGGUCGGAGACACGCCGUUCGAGUCAGCCUUGCUCAGCUUCUGUGCUAUGCGCAGUCUAACGCUGGCACAGCCAAUCGAUGGCUCCUUCAACGCUCGUGGCCUGUGCAAAUGGCGCGAGCCGAAGAACUACCUCGGCGAUCUGUCCGCGCUCAUCUGGACUUCCCAGUUGAUGCUGUUUGACUCGGUCUGCUUUGCGUGCAAGGACAAUCGGCAACAGAUCUUGGCUCGACUCCAGGAUACGUGCCGUGCCUACUGUCACGACAUGGCAGAGUCUCCGCUAGGGCAAAUGCUGCAGUGGACAUCGUAUCUGUUUGCAGCGUUCAUGGACACCAUGGUCAAACCCCAGGCAUGCUGGUCGAUCGACGGCUUGACGGUCCAAUACAAAGGCACCGAGCUUCACUUGGACCACAUCUCGCAGCUGGUGGUCAGUGAGUACAAAGUUGCCUCCCGGAUUCUCUACGAAGAUCUCCUCCUCGGCCUCAUGGCCGAUAUGCCACAUAUCGAGUCGUGGCGGCUCCAAGACUAUCUCGACCAAGCCGAACAGGGAGCUUCGUCGCGCACAGACGCGCGCCAGGCCGAUCUGCUAGCAGAGACACAGCUCGCCAUCUUGAACAAGAUCGAAGCGAGUCCAGAACUACAGCGAACCUUUGUUCGACAGCUCGAUUUGCGGCGCCCGGCGUUUUGCUUCUGCCCAAAUGCCAUCGCUCUGUACGAGAAGCGUAUCCAAGACUUUCUCGAGCGAUUGCUGGUCAUGAUCCACAUUUCUAUCUGGUCCACCGCUGCGAGCAUUCUGAGCUUCUAUCGGUGA